GAAUAAGCUCACUUAUUAUACAAUAGUUUGGAUAGUGAGCCCAGACCAAGCCCAGACAGGCAGGCUGGUCUUUUCUCUCUGAAUUAGCUUGCUGCAGGCUCUUUCCUCACAAGAUCAUGCCAUCAUGAAGGGAGCAUGUGGAAUUGUCAUCAUCCUCCUCUUCUCUAAUGUGGCUUGGGCUAAGAAGAUGCGCUGGUGUACGGUAUCAGAGGCAGAACAGAGGAAGUGUGCAGACCUGGCUAAAGCACUAGUAGCUGCCUUACCACCUGUUGUUAUCACAGCCUUUGCUAGGCUGUCCUGUGUGAGAGCCUACAGCACAGCUGACUGCAUCAAUAAGAUACGAGCUAAUAAAGCAGAUCUUGUGACUCUGGAUGCUGGAGAGGUCUACUCUGCAGUAAAGCAGUUUGGUCUCACAGCAGUCGCUAAGGAGAUCUACACUGAUGGUGGCUGUAUCCUGGCUGUGGCAAUAGUGAGGCACUCUAGCACGCUGGACAUCCGCUCUCUGCAGGGUGCAAGGAGCUGUCACAGUGGUGCUCGAUGGACUGCAGGCUGGAGUCUGCCUUUAGGGCACCUGCUCUCCCGCAACUACCUGCCCUGGGCUGAAGAACAGCCCCUCAGUCAGGCGGUUAGUGCCUUCUUCAGUGUCAGCUGUGUGCCUGGAGCAGCUGCCAUGGCAAUCAGCCUCUGUUCCCAGUGCCAGGGUCAAAAGUCAUACAAUCCACAGAGGAACGCCCACUGUGAAACUUCUCACAGUGAACCAUUCUACCACAACCAAGGGGCACUCAGGUGUCUAAAGUAUGGAGCAGGCGAUGUGGCUUUUCUGGAUCAUACAGCUCUGGACAGCAUAGAUGACAGUGAGAAGGAUGAAUAUAGGUUAUUGUGCACAGAUGGUACUCGUGCUCCUCUCAGCAGUUUCAGGAAGUGCAACCUUGGGCGUGGCCCUGGCAGUGGUGUGGUCACACGAAUUAACAACCGCAAGAUUGCCCGCAAAUUCCUGACAGCGGCUCAGAUGGCGUUUGGAUGGAGGGGGAGAGAACGUCAGCGUUUCCAGCUUUUUAAUUCAUCAGUUUAUGGCGCAAAUGACCUGCUCUUCAGUGACGUGACUGAGAGACUAUCCAUCUUGCAAGAAGACAUGGACAUCAGUCAGAUUUUGGGACUGGAUUAUGUUGCUUUGCUCAAGGGCCUAGGACACGAAGGUAGUUCACUGGAGGACAGUGUGGUGAGGUGGUGCUGUAUAAGUCAUGCUGAACAGAAGAAGUGUGAGCAGUGGGCUCUCAGCAUUAAAUCCGAUCCUCUGGUGUGUGUGAGAGCCUCGUCCAUGAGCAACUGCAUUGAGAUGAUCAAGAAAGAUGAAGUGGAUGCUGUGUCCCUGGAUGCUACACACACCUUCAUAGCUGGGAAGUGUGGCCUUGUACCUGUAGUGACUGAGUAUUAUGGGGAGAAGUGUGAAUUCCCUCAAGGAGAAGGCCAUUUUGAGACUAAAGAUCUGCCGUUCUUGUACGGUGUGGCUGUGGUACGUCGCUCCAGUAGAAAUGUGUAUUUUGGUAAUAUGGAUGGUCGACGCUCCUGCCAUGGUCACAUGUAUAGCCCUGCAGGCUGGGUACUGCCUGCCAAACACACACUGAGUGCAGAACGUAACAACAGUGCCUCCUGUGAACCAAACAAAGUGUAUUCUGAGGUGUUUUGGAAGGGCUGUUUGCCUGGAGGUCAGGGCAACCUGUGCAAAGUGUGUGUAGGUGGGACAGAGGAAGCUGCCACGAAACGCUGCUCUGACAAUCACAAUGAGCGCUAUUAUGGAAACAUGGGAGCACUGAGGUGUCUGGUUGGAGACCCCAGUGGUAAAAGCUAUGGAGAUGUUGCUUUUAUGGAGCACCAUAACUUGGAGGUCAACAUCGAAUAUCUGAACAGCAGUGGCUGGGACGAGGGCUGGCUUGCGUGGGAUUUUGAGUUAUUGUGUGAGGAUGGAGGCCGAGCUGCAGUGACAGAGUGGAGAACCUGUAACCUGGGAGCCAUCCCUCCCAACACCGUCAUGACCAGACCCGUACUCAUUGCUCGCAUCUAUGACUUCCUCAUGAAGUCACAGGAGAACACUGCAACACGUCUAGAUUCUGAGUUUCAUCUUUUUGAGUCUCAGCAGUACGGUGAAAGUGACCUGCUCUUUAAAGAUGCUACUCAGUGUCUAGUUCAUACCAGUCAUAUGGACUACCGUACUAUACUGGGAGAUGAGUUCUCUUCUCAAGCAGAAAGCAUCUUUAACUGCACAGAUUCAGACAUUCUGAAGUUUUGCAACCAAGAUGUCUGCAGCAUAUUCUGAACAACCUGAAGACUGCAUGUGACAUCAGGAUAGUCUAUUUUUUUUUGUUUCUUUCCACUGCACAAUGACUUAAUACUGCUAUUAUCUAACUGUAUUGCUGGGGACAUGCAUAGUGCUUGGGAAUGUGGAGUUAUAAUCCAGUGUUUUAUGGGUGAUCUGCCAUUGUGGCAGGGUUCAGCAGUCUAGGCUGGUUUAGAAUAGCUGAAAAACACCAACUUUUCAACAUGCUUUUCCUGAUUUUGACUGAUCUAUAGCUAACGGUCUCACUAAAUACGUUCCCAGAGAUGAUUAACAUGUGGAUUUACGUGAUUACCAGUCGUGACGUCCAUUCCCAAUCCCAUUUGGACUGAGGUUUCAGGUCCCUAAGCGGUUAAGAUUGUUUUAUCCACAAGGGGCGAGCGACCACUGGUCAAAUAAGUCAGAAACCAUCGGUUUUAAUAGUGAUUUGUCGCAGCUUCUCGUGAUUGCAUCAAGUAUUGAGACAAAAGCGGCCGAAUCGCUACAGAACUACAUUUCCCAAAAUGCACUCGUUCAUUUAAAGGCGGAAAUGCUUUUCGGUCACCCAUUACAACACAAGCAAUGUGAGCGCCGUAGUUGAGUAACUAUGUGGACAAAAUUCUCUAUAUCGGUAAGUUUGUACUUGGUUUCGCUGCUGUGCAGUUGUAAGACUCCAACUGGACUUGAUAAAUGAUGAAACUCAGCCGGUUAACAAAGCGUGUGGACGGUUAUUGUAUGUCAAGCAGGCUGGACGUUAUGCAGAGUUGUGAGGAACUGGUAGGUUAUGUUUCUAUACAACCGAGUUCAGCAUGACGAAGUGAAGGAGUUACUGAGCUCAUGAAGUGAGACUCAGUCAAAAGGACAUCUAGUAAGCACAUUCUGAGUGUUCAGUCUGCUUUUACUCAUAUGUCAGCCCAGGAAGAACAGUGUAGCCUAUUCGUGAAGAAGGGACAUGUUUAUCAAAUGUUUUAAUCAGUGACGCAAAACUAUGAAUGUGUAUUGUAUUUCAUAGGGUGACCGUUUAUUAAUAAAAUACUCUGUCUUUUCUUU